AUCUGAUGCAUAAAUGUUGGAAUAGUUUUUGGUUCAUUCCGCUGUGUCAACCCCUGAUGAAUAAAGAGACUAAGCCAAAGGAGGAUGAAUGUAGUUAAAUACAUCUCAUUUGUAAUCUCCCCUGUGUGUGUGAUUAAUGUGUGUGUUGUGUUCCCGCAGAUGCACGAGUCAAAUGAUGUUAGUGAACAUGCGUGAGUUCUGAUUGGUUGAAACAUGGAGCCGAAAGCCGACUGCUGUCCGUCAUCGGUGCCGAGCUCUCAGCGGGAUCUGCAGCUCCACAUCUACGAGACCAUCAGCGAAGGAAAUGUCAAUAAGCUGGAGAACUCGGCGCUGGUGCGGGCGGGCAGCGACCCCAGCUCGUAUCCCUCGUCCAGACGCCAGAGAUUCAUCCGCCGGAGCCUGUGGUUUACUGAAAAUGACGAAUCGCAGCCGGAUGAGUGUGUGCCGGAGUCUGAACAGCACAAUAAAAUACUGAGCAUCGACCUGCGCACCAUCGUGGACCGAACACGCUCCGGUCUGCAGGAUGGGUCGAGUUCGGAGAGCCAGAAGGGUCAGAAAGCUGCAGAAGAGCAGCAGGAGCAAGCAGACCCUAAAGCGGACGCUACUGACGGGCCGAAAGCGAAUCUGAAGUCUGCCAGCGAGGAUAACGAGGAGGAGGCGGAGAUGAAGGCGGUGGCCACGUCUCCCGGCGGACGAUUCCUCAAGUUCGACAUCGAGAUCGGCCGCGGAUCCUUCAAGACCGUCUAUAAGGGCCUGGACACGGACACCUGGGUGGAGGUCGCCUGGUGUGAGCUGCAGGACCGUAAGCUGUCGAAGGCCGAGCGGCAGCGCUUUAAAGAGGAGGCUGAGAUGUUGAAAGGUCUCCAGCAUCCCAACAUCGUGCGCUUCUACGACUUCUGGGAGUCUCCGCUCAAGGGGAAGAAAUGCAUCGUGCUGGUCACCGAGCUCAUGACGUCAGGAACGCUCAAAACGUAUCUGAAGCGCUUUAAGGUGAUGAAGCCCAAAGUGCUGCGCAGCUGGUGUCGGCAGAUUCUGAAAGGUCUGCAUUUCUUACACACGCGCGCUCCUCCCAUCAUCCACCGAGACCUGAAGUGCGACAACAUCUUCAUCACGGGUCCCACCGGCAGCGUCAAGAUCGGGGAUCUGGGUCUGGCCACGCUCAAACGGGCCUCCUUCGCCAAGAGCGUCAUCGGUACACCAGAGUUCAUGGCCCCAGAGAUGUAUGAGGAGCAUUAUGACGAGUCAGUGGACGUGUAUGCGUUCGGCAUGUGUAUGCUGGAGAUGGCCACUUCUGAGUACCCUUAUUCUGAGUGUCAGAACGCUGCCCAGAUCUACCGCAAAGUGACCAGC